CGGAGCACGGCUGCCGUCUUCAGGCGGACGGGCUACUCCUCCAACUGCGGCUGCCGGCGGCCACGGGAGGCGCGAUUCAGGUCCUUGGCGGCCAUCCACCUCCAUCCCGCAUUUGAAAUCUGAGGCAAAACCGUUUUCCAAGCCAUGGCGGCGACGAUGGUGGCGAUGACGGCCAAGACCAAGAACUGCGGGCUAGCCACAGAGAAGAACAACACGUGGGCCGUCCCGGAGCUGCGGUUCCCCUGGGAUUCGCAGGAGGACAGGAGCUGCUCGCUGAGCCUGCACGACGGCUUCCUCUCCCCCGCGCAUGGCGGGCUGUUCGCCAGUGUCAGCCUCAAGGUCUCAACUGCCGCCCCAGCCGUCGCGGCGACCGGCCCGGCAGAGCAGGAGUUCAAGAUCCCCUUCGCUGACCACUGCAUGAAGUACGUCUCCUCGGCGGUCGGGUUUCCGGUCGCUGCUGGGACCAACGUGGCUGAGCCUGCCGGGGAGGGGGUGGUGGAUGGCAAGGCCAGGAAGAAGGCCGGCAGGCGCGGGCUGAAGCUGAAGAUCAAGAUUGGGAACCCGCAUCUGAGGCGGCUCGUUAGCGGGGCUAUUGCGGGGGCUGUGUCGAGGACGUGCGUGGCGCCGCUGGAGACGAUUAGGACACAUCUGAUGGUUGGGAGCAAUGGGGACUCCAUGACUGAGGUGUUCCAGUCCAUCAUGAAGACGGAGGGGUGGACAGGGCUGUUUCGUGGGAAUUUCGUGAAUGUCAUCCGUGUUGCUCCGAGCAAGGCGAUUGAGCUAUUUGCUUUUGAUACAGCCAAAAAGUUCCUUACUCCAAAGGCUGAUGAGUCCCCUAGGACUCCCUUCCCUCCAUCACUUGUUGCUGGAGCACUUGCAGGAGUCAGCUCAACAUUGUGCACAUAUCCUUUGGAGUUGAUCAAGACCCGUUUGACUAUAGAGAAAGAUGUCUAUAACAACUUUCUCCACUGUCUCGUCAAGAUUGUACAAGAGGAAGGUCCCUCGGAGCUUUACCGUGGUCUGACACCGAGUCUGAUAGGAGUGGUGCCAUACGCCGCAACUAAUUACUAUGCGUACGACACCCUGAGAAAGCUCUACAGGAAGACAUUCAAGCAGGAGGAAAUCAGCAACAUCGCAACCCUCCUAAUCGGUUCAGCUGCAGGUGCCAUCUCAAGCACAGCCACCUUCCCCCUUGAGGUAGCCCGCAAGCAGAUGCAGGCCGGUGCAGUGGGCGGCAGGCAGAUCUACAAGAACGUGUUCCAUGCACUCUACUGCAUAAUGGAGAAGGACGGGGUCGGUGGUCUUUACAAGGGGCUUGGACCUAGCUGCAUCAAGCUUAUGCCUGCGGCGGGGAUCUCCUUCAUGUGCUACGAAGCCUGCAAGAAGAUACUAGUUGAAGCUGAGGAGUAGAGUGAAGCAUGUGCGCUUGAAGAAAUGGGUGAAUCUUUAAGAAGAGGCAGGAUGAUGAAAUCUAUCUUUCUUUUUACUAAGAAAACAAAAUUGGAUGAUCAACUCAUUAGAAAUUUAGGUGCAAGAUAAUUGAGAUAUCUGUUAGAUGAAGUUUUGGCUUCCAUUAGUUGUGUUUUGAGUUGAAGUCCAUAAACAAUAUUCUGACUAGCGGAAGCAGUUUUGUCAUA